AUGUCUCAAUUAAAGACCCUCAAAACAUACCUUCCAUGGAUCCAAACACCCCUCAUAAUCAAUGCCCCCAUGAGCGGAAUCGCCAAAAGCAAACUCGCCACUGCUGUGACCAUUGCCGGCGGUCUCGGUCAAAUAGGGUUUAUGGAUCACCUUCAAGAUCUCACAUACGAACUUGAGAUUAGCAAAAAGACCUUGGCGGACAUCAAAACACCGACCCUCCCAAUUGGUCUUGGGGUGAUUGUCUUCGGAACACCAAUGGAAGCCUGGAUGAAUCUCUUCGCAAAGUACAAACCAGCAGUCGCAUGGCUAUCUUUCGCCGAGGCAGACGAGCUUCAAAAAUGGUCUGAGAGCAUACGACGCGCAUCACCACAGACACGCAUUUGGGUCCAACUAGGCAGCGUGCAAGCUGCUGUAGAAGUGGCACGAGCAUGUCAGCCAGAUGCGCUUGUUCUGCAGGGCAUCGAUGCCGGGGGGCAUGGACAUCAAGACGGAGCUAGCAUAGUGUCUCUGAUCCCGGAGGUUGCAGAUACCCUUUCUCAGCUUGGAUUCGAUAUCCCGCUGAUCGCGGCGGGUGGGAUCGUUGACGGAAGAGGAUGUGCCGCGGCAUUGAGUCUCGGCGCUUCAGGGGUGGUCAUGGGGACGCGCUUUCUUGCCGCCGAAGAGACUGCAAUCCCGGCUGUCUAUCGGAAUGCGAUAUUCGAGGUGUCUGACGGUGGACAGUCGACGGCAAGGUCGAGGGUUUUUGAUGAGAUCUGGGGCCCGAACUUUUGGCCGGAAACUUAUGAUGGGAGAUGCUUGAAAAAUCAGGCGUAUGAGAAAUACAGAUCUGGGGUUGAUAUAAAGAAUAUCCGAUCUUGGCUUUCCGGGGCAAUGAAUGGUCCCGCUGCGGAAAGAUUGAGUGUUCAGGAUAUGGGGAGUAUUUGGGCUGGGACGGGUGUUGGGCUGGUAAAGCAGCCCGGAAGAGCCGCAGAAAUCCUCGAGCAGAUCAGAGCAGACGCUAGAGGUUAUUUGGAGCAGGCUUUGCGUUUUCUAUAA